CGCCGACGACGAUCAUGGCAUAUCCAAAUACACCGUUCAUCCAGAUGACACCAGGACCGUCUGCACCCUCUACGCCAAUUUCCGCACCGCGAGGGCGUGGGACAGGUGCAAAACGCGGUCGUAAACCUCGUGGCGCGUUCCCAAACGUUGCUUCGGAUACUGGCCGAGCAACUCCUCAACAACCACAAGCGAGUUCGAGUGCAUUCACACCUCUACAAUGGGCGACACCUGCUGCAACUGCAUCGCCGUCUGCUGCUGAAAUCAUCCUGGCCACGGAGAAGACUGUCACUGCUGGUACUGUUCCUGCGGCUGGAAAUCCUGCCGUCGCAAUUACAAAACCUGAAGGUGGUGACGACGACGGAGAGGAUGAGAUUCUACCCGCUAUGGCAGACGAUGACUAUUCUGCACAACUCUCCUGGCAGAGCGAAAGUAAAGAUAACUUGAAAGUCCUCAUGGACAAUUUCAGUGCUGCUCAGUAUGAUCGGUUCGAAGCGUACAGGAGGCAUGCGUUACCAAAGCAAGCCAUUCGAAGAGUAAUACAACAGACGACUGGUCAGCAAGUCUCCCAACCCGUGGCACAAAUAAUAGCAGGCUUUGCCAAGGUGUUUGUAGGGGAGAUAGUAGAGAAGGGCCGGGCAGUUCAGGCACGACGAGGUGAAAGUGGGCCACUUUCCCCCGACCAUCUUCGGGAGGCGUAUCGGCUAUACCAGGCAGAGGCAGGAAGAGUGGGUAGUGCUCGUCCUGGUAGAGGUCGGCGGUUAUUCCAUCGAUAACACAACGCAUGAUGUGGUGUGCCCUUGCGUACAUAGACGGUGCAGCGGG